AGUUUCAGCGGCUAUUAAAUCCUUUCUAUUGUUUUCAGUGUGUGUUGCUCGACACAUAAGUAAGUAUAAUUGUGGUGGUGUGACCUUAAUUUGCGCGUUACCAAAUUUUGCACACGGUCGAAUAUCUCUACAUCUAAUUAAUAUCUUAAAAGGCGACUUGAAAUUACUCAGAAUGGUAAUUUUCUUGAAGGUAAGGUCUCAACAUCUAUGAAAAUAUUUGCAAAACAUCGGCAAAUUUUGUUACCUUUGUGCGUCCGGUCCGAGAAAAUCUGAACUUCUCGGCAAGCAUCAAGAAAUCGCCAGUUUGCAAGCAGAGGUCUCCAAAUAAAUCUUGUACAUUCCAAUCUUUAUGGAGGUGAUGUCAUGGAUAACAACAUAACUUCGGGAAUCUUUACAACUAGAAUCACAUUGAAGGAUGGCAAGGAUCCCACUCCACCUCCUGCGGUAUAUUUUGAUGAAGAGGCAGACAGAAGAUGGGCAGAAUUUAGGGAGUUCCCAUAUAUAUCAUAUGAAGACGUAACCAGCACGGAUCGCAUAUCAUGUCGGACCUUUUAUAGCAUAUCCCAAAAGAGGCUCUACAAAUGGUUCAGAGAGACCUUCGCCUACGAUGCGCUUGUGACUGACACACAGACCGGGUUUAGGGUAAUGGCAAAAUCCGCUUACACCCGAGAUGCUGCAGUUCAGGAGUCUACAGAUGCCAUGGUCAACAGGCUUGUAUCUACUGGUUACAUGAAAGAAUCAACGAAUUGCUUUCUGCCGGCUUACUCGUCCCCGCUCCUGUUAAUCCAAGGAACUUGCCCGCCAAAUCAAGGCAUCAAAUGUGAUACCGUGUGUGGAUUUGCCUGCAGUGACUCUAGCUUCACUAUGGUCGGAAGUUCUACCAUCAAAUGCCUGCCGAAUGGCACUCUGUCCGAUGAAUUACCACGUUGUCAAGCAAAGGAACAAACAACCACCCAUACCGCCACAACGACCGGAACAAACUCUUCGACGAAGCAUGUUCAUACAAGCAGUUCGCCUUCCAAAACAACGACAGUUCCUCCAACAAGGAGGGGCCAUACGACAUGGCACAACGAUCCCACGAUGGCAAGUCCCAUCACAAAGCCGAGUCCACCGAUAACGGAAACAACCCCAGCAGUUGAAACUGAUACAACGAUUACAACUGAUUCUUCUGUGACUCCUUCCACAAAGAAUCAUACCACCAAGGGAAACCAUACCCCCAAGACGAACCCUACUGCUAGUACUCCCAACGCGGAUCCUAUCACGACAGACAGUUCUACAACACAAAGUCAUUCCUCUCCGAAGACUGGACCUUCUACGACUGCUCUCCCUGGAACGUCACACAAAUUCAAGACGAUGGGAUUUAUUGGCUUUCUAGGUCUUCCUCUACUCAUUCUGCCACUGUUAUAUAUCAUUUUUAAGUUGAGCCGCAGACGCAGCAGGAAGCAGUACACGAUACUUGAUGAAGAAGUUGGAGAAGACAUCCAUGACGUUCCGCCAGAUGUCGAUGGGUUUUAUCAAGCCGGAAAGAUCAAGAGAGCCAACGUAACAGAAGUAGGAUUCAAUCGAGAAGAGUGCUACGCUAUGGACCAGAGACAUAAGGGUACUGUCUUCAUCCUCAACAACUACACCUUUCACUCUGAUAGAACCAUUGAGAGAAAGGGAUCUGAAGUUGAUUUGGACAAUGUCAAGCGUGUCUUCACUGAGAUUGGCUACAAGUCUGACGAAGCCGAAAAUCUCUCUGCUAAGGAGAUAAGAGAAAAACUGGAGAGUCUAAAACAAAAGAUCUCGCCCUCUGACACCUCUGUUGUCUUGGUCUUCAUGAGCCAUGGGGUUUCAGAAGGAAUUCUUGGUACUGAUCAGAAAGUCGUCACCGUCGGGGAAAUCAAGAACAUGUUCUCUGGGAACAAUUGUCGAGCUUUGAUCGGAAAACCAAAGAUCAUGUUCUUCCAGGCCUGCCGUGGAGAUAACCCAACGCCUAGUGCCGAUCCAUCUCCUUCAAACAUUAAAGAAGAACCUGGAUUGGACACGGACACUUUGACGACUGACGGAGUAGAUGGAGGGGUUACUACGGUAACAAAUGAAGAAGAUUGUUUAACACCAUCACUUCGUAGAGUGGAAGGAGAGUUGGAUAUUGAUAGUGUACCGGACAAUGCAGAUGUAUACAUUGCUCAUGCAACCUCAGAAGGUUAUUUUUCACUACGUCACAAACAAAAUGGAUCCUGGUUCAUCCAAGCCCUCUGUGAGGAGCUCAUAGCUAGUGCGCAUGCUCAUCAUCUUGAUGACAUCAUGACGAAGGUGACAGACAGGGUGAAGCGACAAGAAGCAAGGAUACUUGUCAAAGGGCGAUCGCGACUUACACUACAGACUCCACAGAUCAUCAAGCAAGGAAUAGGAAAGAAGAUAUUCUUCUUACCAAGGUAUCAACCACCAUCAGAUUGUCAAUAAAACGGUUACACUUCGUAAUUCCGAAGGUUCUUUAUUCCGAAACACGUAAAUUGCCUAUACCUCGAUGUUCGUUAAUCCGAAAACGUAAAAGGGUUCGUUAAUCCGAACGUUUGUGGCGUUAUUCCGAAGGUUCGUUAUUCCGAAGGUUCGAUAAUCCGAAAACGAAAUAAGGUUCGUUGUUCCGAAGGUUCGUUAAGCCCCUUUCACAAUUGACGUACGACUAUUUGCGACCUUUUGGUCGUGCGACAGGCUGCAACAGGCAUCAAUCGCCAGUCAUCUCAUAAUAUCGCACAGAGGCUUUCACAGUUGCAACAGCUGUCGUACAACAAAAACAACCAGUAAAACCCGUUGCACGAGUAAGUCGCUUAUGAUCCUAUUGUGCUCGUGCGAUCACAUGCGAGUGUUGCACGAGGGAUUGCGGGGGGAACGGUCGCACACAACGGUAGUGCAAUGUUGUAAGCCGUUGCGAUCGGUCUUGCAACAGUCUUAUGGCCCAUCAUAUUAUUGCACCCAGUCGCAAGGCAGGUCUCUGUACAUGUAGGUCGCUAGCACAUGUGCAAGUGUUGUACGACCUCCAGUCGAGUAAAUGCGACUACUUAGUUGUGCCACCUCUCGCACCAAGUCGUGCAACGUUGAACAACACUCCCACGAUGAUCGCCCGACCGAUGGUACGACCCCGGAUACGAGCUGAUGCGAGUGAAUCGGUCGUAUUUGAUCGCGUUCGGAUUUUUAACAUGUUCAAAGUUCAGAUGUGACCAGUCACGACCACCUCGAGUUCGUGCGACCGUCUACAACGACUGCGAGUGCUCGCAAGUCACCAAGAGAUCGAUCGUGCAACAGCAGGAAAAAACUGUUGCAGGCGGUCGUAAACUGGUCGGAUGUCAAUUGUGAAAGGGGCUGUACGGUUGCAUACAUGCGAAUGCAACGAUAGUGGAAUGUUGUAAGCCGUAAUUUCGAUCGGUCUUGCAACAGUCUUAUAUUAUUGCAACCAGUCGCAAGACUGGUCUCUGUAGGUAUAUAGCGCAUGUGCAAGUGUUGUACGACCUCCAGUCGACUAAAUGCGACUAUAUGUAGUUGUGUCACCUCUCGCACCAAGUCGUACAACGUUGAACAACACUCACACGAUGAUCGCCCGACCGAUGGUACGACCUGAUGCGAGUAAAUCAAUCGUAUUUGAUCGCGUUUGGAUUUUGAACAUGUUCAAAUUCAGAUGCGACCAGUCACGACCACCUCCGACCACCUCAAAUUUGUGCGUUCGUCUACAACCACUGCGAGUGCUCGCAAGACACCAAGAGAUCGAUCGUGCAACAACAAGAAAAAAACUGUUGCAGGCGGUCGUAAACAGGUCGUACGUCAAUUGUGAAAGGGGCUUUAGUCCGAAAACGAAAUAAGGUUAGUUAAUCAUUUAGUUUUCGGACUAACGAACCUUCGGAAUUACGAACCUCAUUUCUUUUUCGGAUUAACGAACCUUCGGAAUAACAAACCUCAUUUCGUUUUCGGACUAACGAACCUUCGGAAAAACGAACCUUCGGAAUAACGAACCUUCGGAAUAACGAACCUUCGGAAUAUCCGAGCCUUCGGAAUAACGAAGCUUCGGAAUUACGAAUGUAUGCCAAUAAAACGACAUAAAGGCUCAGAUGUUAAAGAUGAGAUUUUGAAGAAAAGCCGCCAGAGAUGAGAGUUGAUAACGACUCAUCUAUUUGUCAUUAGGUAGAUGACCCAAAUCGUCAUAAUUAUCAUGGGAAAAAUAAUAUAUACAUUUUCAGAGUUUUUUUUCUCGGCUGCAGCCUCAAGCAACCUCAAAUUUGGCUCAUAAAAGACAGCGGUGAUAAAUUCAUUGGGCAAUGAAUUAUGUGUCCAUAUAGAAUAUUUUUUUAAAGAAAUAAAUAACUACUACUCUCUCAUUUGACCAUUGGUCUACAUAUGGGUACUUGUGAGGCUCUUCCCCCAG